AUGAAAUCCGGCGCCUUCUCGUCGUGGGUCAUCGGCCUCUGUAGCCUGACCUUUGUCGUCGCGGCACCUUCUCCCCAGCUUGGCCAACUUGGACCUCGUAGUCAGGAAUCGUCUCCAAACCCCAUCAAGUCAACUUAUCCGAGCGGCGUCACUGGUACGUUCAACAGUACCAUUGUGGUUAUUCCAAUCCCGUUUUCGGUAGCUCGGUCUGUUAUUCCUCAGCAAUGGGGCAUCAACGAGAACGCAUAUCGCGAAAUCCUUCCUGGCUUUCCCAGAGACUCAUAUCCUCUCGUAGUAAGAUCAGGUGUCGAUCAUGACGUUGGUGUGGCCAGCCUCAACUUCGCUUUGGAUGACUUCCAGUCUGUUCACGUCUUCUUCCCUUUCGUUGAUCUGCUUGGAGAUGGGUACUCGAGCUUCAACUACAACAAGUAUCUCCUCCUAACAUAUUCGAACGUGUUGGCUAUCGCCGGCGCGGGCACGGAUGGAACCAUACCUGUCCCAUCCACCUUCAAGCCGAACCUAGAGGCCUACGCAUAUUCUUCUUCCCAAAGCUACCCAGGGGAGAUCUCCUUUGAUGCCUACACCACCGCAUUUGCCACUAAUGCAACCUCCCCCUCCCACCUAACAGUCUCGCAAAAAUACACUCCAACCUGGGAAGUCGGUCCUUGGCCAGUAAACUUCUAUAUUAACGUUACCAACCAGCCAAUAUUCACUCGUGGCAUCAACUGUGACAACCAGAUCUUCUUGUACAACACGACGCUGUCGACCGGCCAGAACGCUCCUCGUGGCAUCAAGGGGUCGGUCAGUCUAAGUGCGCCCCUACUGCCUAAUGACUCGACCUUCCACAAUAUUUUUGGCGUCAAGGUCGACACAGCUUUCCUCGAGAAGAAUGGCGUCCCAUGCUCGUCUCUCAAAGGAUACCAUGGGACUGGACCGGGCGAUCGCGGAUCCGCAUAA